CUUAGAUCUCCUAUAUAAACACUACUUAAUUAACCUUUUCCAUUCUUCAUCAUCCUUGCAUAAUUUGAUUCUCAAAACUCAUUUCCAGAACAUUUUCGUAGCUAAGAGAUGACCAUCACUUCAAGCUUUCUGUGUUUGUUGAUCCUUCUUUUGUUUUGCCUAUCCUGUGGAUAUUCCAUUCAUGGAGAUAAGAACGAAAAGUCAAGUGUUGAUGUCGUUUCAAAUGCAAAGGUUGAUGAUGAUGUUGCAAUGAAGAAGCAGCAUGUACGAGGAAGAAGUGGAGAAGAGUUUAGUAAGGAAACGACAAAGAUGAUGAUGAACCCGAAGAAGCCAACAGAGAAAGAGACAAGUGGUGAGGAAGAGGAUGAUCUCGUUGCCUACACUGCUGAUUACUGGAAACCAAGGCACCAUCCUCCCAAGAACAACUGACCAAAAAUUUACCAUAUUUAUAUAAUGACUCAACAAAAUGCUUCUUAUUGAAUAUUAAUCGAUAUCAAAUAUAGUAUAUUCAAAAUACAAUAUAUAUAUAUAUAUAUAUGGGUAGCCUGUGAGCUUUGUGUUUGUAACAUCGUUAUAUAUUUAUAUAUAUGGAAAUGUCGUAUGUAUAACCAGGUGUGUCGAAUUUCACGAUAUACAUAAACACGCACUUGUAACAAAG